CGUUCGCCCACCGCUCUCAAACAUUCAACAUUAUUCCCAACGAUCGUUUGACCAAACGCCGAGAGCGUCCAUCGCAUCGUAAAACGAUUUACUGGUUUGAAAUUACGCAAAAUCCAAUGGUAUUUUUAUUAUCUACAUAGUUUAAACAAGUGAUUGAACCGGUUUUGUCCGAAAUGGCCAAGAGAAAGCCAUCGAUUGUGAUAGAGGAAGUGCUACCGGACGAUGACCGGCUUGGCGAGCGCGGAAAGCUAUGGAAAUGUUUGAUGGAAACGAUUAGAGUUGGAUCGGCUGUGAUCGAGCAGCAGUUGAGGCUCUGGUACCUCGUCAUAGUGCACGGUAUGCAGGCCUUUCGGCGGUGGCUGGUGCUGCGGGGACGUAAACGUAAGCUGGAUCCGCCACCGUCGAUUGUGGAUGCCCCGGACGAAUUGGCCACCGGUGAACCGCCUCCGAAAUAUGCCAAAACGAAGGAUCGCAACGAAAUGGAAUUGGAAAAUGUUUGUAAUAUGCUAGACUAUGAAGUUAGCGAUAAAAGCGAUGCAAGCGACGUCGAAACGGAUGCAUUAUGCGAGGAAGAAGAUUUUCCACUGGAAAAUCGCGAAGAAUUGGACAAACAGUUGGAGCAAGUUGUGGCAGUUAGGAAGCGUAAUUGGGCUCAAAACGGAUUGCUAAAACUGAUGGAGUCAAUCGAAGCUCCGGAUCACAACAUGCUGAGCCAUGAAAAGGUCGAAAAGUGGUUGUUCGGUCAAAGGGGUCCGCUCAACAUGACACAAGCCAACGAAACGGUCAUGACCGAACGGAACGCGGAUGGGGAUCGCAUGAAGUACCAUCGGAAGCAACAGGUGACCGUUUCUAGGAGUAUAGACGACGCAGAUUCGUUGUACUCCGUUGACACCGCAAAGUACAUUUUGCAGAACAAAAGAGAUAGGAACACAACCAGCAAAAUUAAGGUCACGACUAUGAUCAAGCAGUACACUAUUUCAACAAAUAGCUCAAAUGCGCUGGCGAUUCGACCUAACUUACAUUCCAUCAGCAACUUUCCCAUCAUUAAUGAAGAGCCUAGCACUAGCCUUUUGCAUAAAACAUCUAAAUCGGAUUCCGCUUUCGAAACGGGCGAGGAUCAGACGCAGAAUCGUUCGAAUGAACGAAGCACAGUUUCACAACCGUCAAAAUCCACCAAACCUCCGGUCGUCGAGAAACCCGAAAAAGGCAAACGCAAAAAAGUGUUCAAAAAGACGGUUAAGAAGUCCGUCAUAAAAAGCCCAUCCAGCAAGGGAAGCGCCGUCACUUCGCAGAAGUACGAAGAAGCACUGAAAUCUUGUGUCAACGUUAAAAAAGUCCCGAAUCCGAAGUCGCGUCGUAUUCACUGGCAGGAAACCUCGCAUAUUUUAGAUAGCAGUAGCGACGAAUCGGACGGAGUUUUCACCAGAAAUACCAGAUCCAAAACGAAACCAUCUUCGAAGCGGGAUCUUCGAUCAUCGACGAAAAGUAGCAGCAGAUCUAGUGCAACACCGGAACGGUCACCCCGAAAAAAGGCAACCUCUCCGCGGAAACGUGUCAAUUCACCGAGGAAGAACGUCGACCGAGAUUUGCUCCUGCCAUUUGAAGCCAUCUGCCUGAGCCCUAGCAAACGAAACGCAAAACCCCCGUCUCAGGUUACCACCCAGCAAAUGAACAAGACCGUCGACCAAACGACAAAUCUGACGGCCCUUUUCAGCGGAGCCAAUGAAAAGAUUACCAAUUCGACCGAGAUUAACAACACGACGGCAUUCAGUAAUCGGUCCGUCAAGAGUAACAGUUCCUGGAAUCGUAACGCGACCGAAUAUCCGGACGAAGCGCGCAGCAUAGUGGUGUAUGAACCGAAAACGAUCCAACCGAACCUGGGUCCCAAGGACGUAGUGCGCAUCAACUACGCUGACCUGAAGCUGGAACAAGUGACCAAGCCACGGCAUUUGGAUAAGUUUAAAACCUUCACUUGCCUCAUCCACCCCAACUCGACGGUGCGGUUCUUCCCAUCGGACUCGGAGGAGGAUUUGCCAGCACCUUCUAAGGCCAACACGCUCCCAUUGGACGACGACGACGAUGAGAGCUACGAUGAAGACGAUCCCAUUCUGACCUUCAAUUUGCGUGACUCCGGUCGCCUCAAAGUCCUGGAGUAUCCUUAUAAUGUAACGCAUUUUUAGGGGUAAGAUGUUUUAAGUGUUCUAUAUGAUUAAGUAAAACCGUGCCAGUCGAUGGUUGAAAUAUUUAACGGGAAUGAUAUAGAGUGAUUAUGUAAGAAGCAAAAAAUGUUAUUUCCAUAUAGCGUUUUUAACGAGCAUA